AGUCUGCCUCUCCCCGGGUCUCUCUCUCUCUCUCUCUCUCUCUCUCUCUCUCUGUCUCUCCCCGGGCCCGCCUGUCCCCGGGUCUGGGCGUCCGGGCCCCCAGCCGGUGUGAGCGGCUGGCACUGCCCGGGGGCAUGGGGCCCAUCCAGCUGGGGCAGGGGCAGGGCCUGGGGGUGGUCCUCGUCCUCAUCCAGGCCCUGCUCCUUGUCCUCGGCCCCGUCCUGGGCCCCACCCGGGCCUUCCCCACCCCCGACGGCGGUACAGACAAGGCCAAACACAACAGAGAAUUAAGUGUAGAAAGACCCUUGGAAGAACAGAUCGCUGAAGCCGAAGCAGACAGGAUCCGCAAAGCAGUCCCCACAGAAAACCAGGCCGGGGGAAGAAAUGACUCCUUGGUGGAUGACUCUAACUUCCUAAAGGCUUUAGUACACAAGGAGAGAGAUGGAACAGAGGGAGCAACUGGAAGAAAAUCCCCUUCCGAUAAGCAAUCGGUCCCUGAUGACACAGACUCCACCAAGGGCUGGAGGCUGAGAGAGGAAGAUGACGCUACUAAAAGCGGACAGGAUUAUCCAUCUCAAGAUGACCUAGGUGGUCUUCGCCGGUUACACGGAACCCCUUUGACCGCCGAAGACGUCGUCCAGAAGAUCGCGAGCAGAAUCUACGAGGAGAAUGACAGAGGAGUGUUUGACAAGAUUGUUUCCAAACUUCUCCGCCUUGGUCUGAUCACGGAGGGCCAGGCAUCCAUGCUGGAAGAUGAAGUGGCCAAGGUCUUACAGAAGUUAAUAUCCAACCAGGCAGAGGACAGCCAGGAGCUGUCGGAGGGGCCGAAUCACCUUUCAACCCCAGGCCAGGCCGAAAAAAUCACACCGGAGGACUUGGGGCCCGAGGUCCAGACCGUGUCCAGCUGGGAUGGCUUCACGAACGGGGAAACUGAUGCCACGGCAGAUGCCCCCUGGGUCCCUCCUGGAAGCUUGGAAAGAAGGAACCAGAUCUCCGCCCGAGACAGCUUUGAGGACUUGCAGUAUUUCCCCAAUUUUGACACCCUGCUCCAAAGUAUUGACUCAGAGAAAGAGGCCGAGGAGAAAGAAACCCUCAUCACUAUCAUGAAGACGUUGAUUGACUUUGUGAAGAUGAUGGUAAAAUAUGGCACCAUUUCUCCGGAAGAAGGAGUUUCCUACCUAGAGAACCUGGAUGCAAUGAUUGCCCUUCAGACGAAGAAUAAACUGGACAAGAACACGACGAGUAACCGAAAUGAGCUUCCGGAAGGGAAAAAUCCUGAAGAGGCAGACAGCACCAAGGAAGAAGCGGCCAAAAUGGAAAAGGAGACGGAAACGCACCAGGAUUCCACCAAGAACGAAGAUCCGGGCCCAGCUGGGAAUGGUCACCAAACGAGAGGGAAAACUGAGGCAUAUUUGGAAGCAAUCCGGAAGAGCAUCGAGUGGCUGAAGAAAUCCAAUAAACCGGGGAAUAGAGAAGACCUCGACCUCUCCAAGCUGAGGAGCUUCGUCGGCCAGCAGGUCGACGCGUACGUGCUCGAAGGCAUCCUGGACCCGAAGGAGGCGGAGCUGAUCAAACGGAUCUACAGCAGCCUGUAGGGAGUGGGACCCGUCCCCCUUGCCCCCAGGCCCGGACGACUGCCCACCAGCCCACCCACCCACUGACCCACCAGCCCAGAGCCCCUGCCCAUUCUCCUGCUCCCACCGGAAUUCGUUUCCCCUCAGUAGGAGUCCUUAGAUAUGGCUAAAUUGGUCUCAUUCUGGAUCUUUCCUAGUUCCCCCGUUCCCCGGCCUGAGCAUUCGAGGUCCCGAGAGGCCUCCCCGGGACGCUAAGGACGGGUUUGGAGCCGGCAAAAAUGCAUUUUGAGCCCCCUCCCCCAAGCCGGCUUGUUGUCCACCUUGGAUUUGUUCCCUUAAAGGUGGCCAUGGUAGCCUCUCA